CCGGGCUGUCCGGCGGCCUGCUGCCACUGCUGGGGCGGGGAGGAUGAGCGCGGCGGGACCGCGCGGCAGCACCACGAGCAGCGGCAGCGACACCGCGAGCGGCAGCGGCAGCGGCCGGGCCUGAGCCGAGGAGCAGCGCGGGCAGCCCGGGCUGCGGAGCGGGGCAUGGCGCUGCCGGGGGAGCGCGGCGCGGAGCCCCAGCCCGGCGCCUCCCGCCCCUCCGCCGCCGCCGCCGAGGAGGAGGACGGCGGGGCCGGCGGGCAGCCGGAGGCGCUGUCGCUGGAGGAGAUCCUCCGGCUCUACAACCAGCCCAUCAACGAGGAGCAGGCGUGGGCCGUCUGCUACCAGUGCUGCGCCUGGCUGCGGGCCCGCCGCCGGGAGAGCCCCGCGAGCAGGCUGGGGGCGGCCGCCCACCUCCGCGUGUGGCGGGACGGGGCCGUCACCCUGCAGCAGGCCGAGCCGCGCCGCGCGCCGCCCGCCGCAGAUAAAUCGGAGCAUUUACACUGCACAGAAAUGGAGGUUAUUGAAUCCCUAGGGAUUAUUAUAUAUAAAGCCUUGGACUAUGGCUUGAAGGACAAUGAAGAGCGGGAAUUAAGUCCUCCACUGGAGCAGCUGAUAGACCACAUGACCAACACCACAGAAACCGACGGGAGUCGAGAUGAGGGAUACGAUGCGCUGGAUGAGGGGGUGGAGGAUGAUGACGAUGAUGACAAAGAGGAAGUUGAGGCUAUUCAUUCCUAUAAGGAUGUCAUGAAGCUGUGUGCCGCCCACCUGCCAACUCCAUCAGAGGCACCGAACCACUAUCAAGCAGUGUGCCGAGCUCUGUUUGCUGAAACAAUGGAGCUGUACACUUUCUUGGCCAAAAUUAAAAGUGCAAAAGAGAAUCUGAAGAAGAUUCAAGAAAUGGAUAAAGAGACAAGUGAUGAAUCCAGCACAGAUCUUGAUGAAUUAAAGAAUGCUGACUGGGCUCGUUUUUGGGUACAGGUGAUGCGGGAUUUACGAAAUGGUGUCAAACUGAAGAAAGUCCAAGAGCGUCAAUACAACCCACUCCCCAUAGAAUAUCAGCUCACACCAUAUGAAAUGCUGAUGGAUGAUAUUAGAUCCAAACGAUAUACCUUAAGAAAGGUCAUGGUCAAUGGUGACAUUCCACCUCGAUUAAAAAAGAGUGCCCAUGAAAUAAUCCUGGAUUUCAUCCGAUCACGACCUCCAUUAAAUCCUGCCUCUGCAAGAAAACUGAAACCAACCCCACCACGGCCACGCAGCCUUCAUGAGAGGAUACUGGAGGAAAUCAAGGCUGAGAGGAAGCUGCGUCCAGUCUCACCAGAUGAGAUAAGGCGUAGCAGGCUGGAUGUCUCUGCACCAGAGGCUGGAAGGAAGUCAGCGGAUGGCUCUGUGGCAAAUGGCAGCCUGGCAUCGCGGGGGAAGCAGAACGGGGCCACGCAAGUGACAGUGCAGCGGAAGAGACUCCUGAAGGCUCCCACGUUGGCUGAACUUGACAGCUCAGAUUCGGAGGAGGAAUCAGUGCACAAAUCAACAAGUAGCAGCAGCAUUUCCCCCUCACAAGUGGAAGACCCCUCUCAGGAAGGUACCAGCAGAAAGACACCUCCAAAGUUCUUGCCCAUAUCAUCUACACCACAGCCAGAGAGACGGCAACCACCUCAGAGACGACACUCCAUUGAAAAGGAAACUCCAACCAAUGUCAGACAGUUUCUACCACCUUCAAAACAGAGCUCCAGAUCACUUGAGGAGUUUUGUUACCCGGUGGAGUGCCUGGCUCUGACGGUGGAGGAAGUCAUGCACAUCCGUCAGGUGCUCGUGAAGGCAGAGCUGGAAAAGUACCAGCAGUAUAAAGAUGUCUACACUGCUCUGAAGAAAGGAAAGCUCUGCUUUUGCUGUCGGACAAGAAGGUUUUCUUUCUUUACCUGGUCUUACACUUGUCAGUUCUGUAAAAGGCCUGUAUGCUCACAGUGCUGCAAAAAGAUGCGAUUGCCAUCAAAGCCAUAUUCCACUCUCCCCAUCUUCUCACUGGGACCUUCCACCUUGCAGCGAGGAGAGAGCUUCAUGAGGCCAGAGAAGCCCUCCACCAGCCACCACCGGUCACUGCGGAGCAUGCCCAGGUUGGCCUCAAGGUCCAAAUCUGUGGAUAAGUCACAUGAAGAGCUGCAGUUUCCCAAAGAGUUAAUGGAGGACUGGAGCACGAUGGAGGUGUGCGUGGACUGCAAGAAGUUCAUUUCAGAAAUCAUCAAUUCGAGCCGGCGCAGCCUGUCCCUGGCCAACAAGCGAGCCAGGUUAAAAAGGAAGACACAGUCCUUCUAUAUGUCAUCGCCAGGAACCUCUGACUACCGCCCCUCUGAGAGAACUAUCAAUGAGAUCUGAGCCUCGUGCCUUUUUCUUUGCUUUUGUCUUCAUGAGGUCAUUGUCUGUAGGAGAGGUCACCAAAACAGGGUUAUCCUUCCGUUGCUUCGUUUCACUCGACUGGCUUGGAUCUGCAUUCAGUCACAGAGUUUCCUACUGCCAUGUUUUCCAGAGUUGCAGAAGCUGUGUUUUUAUCUGGACAGAAUGACAUGCAGCAGGUCAGCUGCUCACACUGGGAGAAAAUCAACAGUUUGCAAUCGUUGCCUCUUUUGUAUGCACGCAUUGAAACUAGAAAGCCUUUUCUUGCUUUCAGUCUUUUUUUUUAACCAUUCUUUGAAGCAUUUUCUGGAGUUGAGCUAAAACAUGUGCUUAACGGAGAACCCGAUCUAACAAAGUCAGUGCUAGCACAGUAGCAAGCAGUAAGUCAUAUUGGCAUUACCAAGCUAGUAAUGCUCACAUCCUGCUUUCAGAGCUCACCAGGCACUGGUGUGAGUGGCUGUGCUCCGAGCAGUCCUUCUUUGAACCAUCUCUGUUGCUCUGAGGUCAUUGUCUGACAUGUGACUGUGAUGUCUGGGCCCUGGGGCAGAAGGUGUGACUGCUCAUCGUGGGGCUGCUGCUCUUUGACGCCUCAGUGCUGCCCUGGGUGUAUCUGGGAAGGUUCCAGGAGUGCACUGCCUACUUGAAUGUGUGAUGCCAGGUACUGGUGGUAGUGAAUUCCGGUGGUAGGCGGAGUUGUACAGCGGAUGGGGAGGAUGGGAAGCAAGAGAAGCUCCUGGUGCUACUGGAGCACCUGUAGCAUUGUUCCUUGGGUUGCUCAGGGGACAGGAGGGCAGAUGUGUGCAUCUUAGCAGGCACAAAUCCCACUACGGCUCUGCUGGCAGUGUGCCCACCAAGAGCCCCAUUUUUGCUGGGGCCAUAAGUUGGCUGCAGGGACCCAUGUUUUGCUGAGAUUUGGGGUGACGCUGUCCCAGAUUGAGAGCGAUCUCUCAUUUCCCCCCCCUUGAUUCAUUCUUUUUCCCUCUUUGCUUUGCCCAUAGAAGAACACCAGGCCACUGGGUGAGAUGUUCCAACGACGCUACACUGUUAGCUGACACCAUCGCAUGCUUUUUUGCACUUUUUUUUUUUUUAAGUUGAAAAACUUUUUUUUUUAAUGCAGGCUUGACCAGAGUUUAGUCUAUAAUUUGGGUCUGGAUCAUUCUGGUGUUUAAAACUAACAUAGUUAAGUUGUUAAUACUUGAAAAUCAACUACUGUGACCUUUUCAUAUAUUUCUAAUACUCUGAGGCAUAUUUAAUAUCGCUAUAGCAGUGUAUUAUAGGAGGACAUAGCAGAAAAGUUUCAGAUCUAUUUAUUAACAUUUUUACACUAAGGAUUAAUUAUGAGCGAUACCUCAGAGCUGCAUGGAGCAGCGGGGCUGGAUCUGCCCCAUGGAUUCCAGCAAUGUGUCCAUCCCACAAGGACCUCGUGCUGGCAGAGCCUGGGCAGGGCCAGCACCACCAUCCGUACCAUACGUAGGUUGAUUUGAAAAGCCCCUUACACCUCCACACAGAUUCACCCACCUGUAUUUUUCUUUCAUUGCCGCCUUGGGAAAUGAGAGUUUAGCAGAUAGAGAGCAGUGGCGUGAAGUGAGCCAUGGGCAGGCAGGCAGGAGGCCAGGGCUGCCUGAAGCCACUGCUCCACUGCUGCUAGGAGAGCCCCUCAUCUCGGUCACAUCUGCACUUUUUCUCAUUCCUGUGCCAAAAGCAGGCCUCGUGUGUUUGCUGCAUUGUGCAUCAGGAAAACUAGGCUGAGAGAAACGCAUGAACUCUCGCUCUGAAUUUCCCUGCUGCUAUUCUGAUCAUUUUCUCCUGGAAAUGCCCUGGCCACGUGCUCUGCUUGCUCCAACUCCACUCCCCCUUGGCAACGCAGGCUGCUCAGGCCCAGGAGUCCCGCAUGCCCCUUUCCCCCUUCACAGGGCGUGGGGCAGCACCUGGCAGCCCCCAGGCCUCGGCCCACCCCCAGCGCCGGCCCUGGGCACCGCACAGCGUCUGUGGGCCCAGCGCCACGUUGGUAUCGGGGUGAAGCUUGUAAAUACAUGUAAUAUAUUUAUUGACAUUUAGGAAGCCUCCAUCAGUCAUGCAACAGGAAUUAACUUUCCACAAAGUUUAAAAACAAAAAAACAAAACUAUUUAUACGCGUGUUGGCUGUUACCUUCGUUAGAGUUAAUGCUUUCAGCCCCUCCGACAGUCUGCGCUCUGUAGGCAUUUUAGAGUGAAUUACUGCUGAACGUGGGGCAGCACGGUCAGCUCCUCCCAGCAGUUUUUAAAAUCUCCUUAUUUUUGUAGCUUUGUUACGAUGCCCAAGGUCUGUCCGAACGUACCAUGGGGGCCCACGGAGCUGAAUGGCACACAGCUGUGUAGCCUGGGGUUGGUGCUGCCGCUGCUGUGAUGGCAAGCGGGGCUUGGCUGCAGUGCUCCCAUGCAAUACACCUGACCUUGCAAAUGCUCCUGUGACUGUAUCAUUUCUGGGGGCGGUUGGUGGGCUUAUUUCUCCUUUCCCCGUUAUUUUCUUUAUAGUGGGAGGGAUGGUACUGGGUGAAAAUAAAAUGCCUUUCCAUUACAGUCUUUGUUUGUGCUAAUUCUUCACGAUGGAGCAAAUGACAGUUUCUGUCUUCUUUGCUGUACUUUUUACAGUUUUGUGAAGAACAGGCAGCCUUUUCCUCAGGCAAGGGUUUGUUGAUGAAAACAGCUGAACACCAUUGGAACAGGGGCUGGGAAUUAGGGGAAAACACUUGAUGGCCCAUGAGAACAGCACUGACUGCCUAUGCAGCCCAGCAACAGGGCAAGUCGCAGCCAGUCACUGCACGUGACACCAGCCUGUGUUACUGCUCACCGAGGCAGCCAGCAGACCCAGAUGGAAUCACAGUGCAGACAGAGGGCAACCACACACCACUGAGCAGCGAGACAGUGGCUCCCUCUGAGCUCUAGGAAGCCACAGCCUUGUCCAAGUGCUCCUGAGCACAGAGUAACUGAUGGUAUUUCUGAAGACAGCUCUGAACACUGACAGCCCGUUUUGUAUCUGGAGUACACCCAGAAGGUUUAACCGAGGCUGUCCAUUAUUUUAGAUAAAGAGUACCAUGGCAUACAGAGACACAUUGCGGACUCCUGGCCAUUAUAGCUCACUAUCUAAGGAGAUAUAAAAUGGUAAUGGUGCCACCGACUGCUCCACUUGGGGAUUUCAGUCAAAGGUAUACAAGGACAAGAUGUGAAAUCCCAAAAGAUUUUUGCCCCAAAAGGUAAACUCCAUCAGUAAUGGAACAGGAGUGCAAAGCAGCAUGCUUUAGAACCAGCUCUGAAGAGUUAGGCUGAACCCAGAGCUACCAACCCAGUAGAGCCAAGGGACAGGACUCACGUGGUCAGAGCAGAAGUGGAAGCUCUGUAUGCAAACCUCAAUGAGCAGAAAGCAGAAGAGUAAAACUCUCCACAGAAGCUUACAGAAAAUUAAGAAUCACUUCAUCUGCUACACACCAAAUCCCACCUGUACGCACUGCCAGCACGAGCAGUCACAGGGAGAACAAGCCCAGGGCUGCAGGAGCAUCACACAUCCCAAAGGUGAUGUGAGAAACAUCAGUGCCCUCCUGGCUGCAUAAAGGCUGCCAGGAGCUAGAAUUGACCUCAGGGAGAAAGCAAUCUCCUUCCUCCCCAAAGGGGCUUCCCUCUUCCUUUCAGCUCAGAGCCCAAGACAAGGUGCUGACCCGUGCCAAGUGGAGGGCAGCAGAGAAGGAAACAUCAAGCACUUCGCUGUCUAGAUCCUGUAGCACGAUGUGGAGAGAAAUCAGCCCCAAACCUACAGCAGGGAAGGGAAACAGAAAGGAGAUGCUGCUACACAAGAGAGUAAAGAUUUGUUCUGGAAGAAGGAAACAAAGGGUGAGGAAAGAAAUUGAUCAAACUGAUGCCCAGCUGUACUGAUCCAAAAAGCACAGCAGCCAAGUUUGGCUCUGGGGACAACAAAGGAUUCUUCCGGGAUGGCAGAUAGUGCUGGGAGGUGCCAUAUGCACAUCAUUUAUAUUUAAAACAACACUGAGCACAUCUGGUGUAAGAAGCAGCUUUAGACAAUUCUUCCUCUGAACUAAAUCAAUACAUGAACAUCAAAAAAACUUCUCUGUUGCCUCACAGUUGAGGCUUCAUCAUCUCCCAUAAGCACUAUGGGAAUGCUGCAGAUCAGGUUUCCACAAGCACACACACUUACUCAUCUCCUGUUCUGCUCAGAACUCUGCCAUCACUGCACUGCCCUUCCUACCAGAGGUCACUGGGUGCUGGGACAGCUCCUGCAGUCCUUACACAGGAAGCAGCACCACUCCCCUGAGAAGUGCCACAGCAACAAUGAGCAGCAAAGCCAGCCACAGUACAUCACAGGAAGGAGCUGCUACCAGGUCAGGGUCUGACGUCCUGUGCCCAACUGAGAAAGGCUUUAGGUCCACAGAAGAACAAUGCAAAUAUUAGCUACUCAAAUAAUUGCUAAUCAUGUAAAUUAAGUUUCUUUAUUAGAACCAUGUCAUUUACCUAGACUAUACUUACAUCCAAAUUAAUGUUCACUUUCAAGCUAAACAGAAUACAAAGUCUGAGAUUUCCCUUAAGCACACAGACAUUCUAAAUUACCAGAUCCAAACAGUGACCAACAUUUCACCUUUUUUUUUUUCAAGAAGCUCCUCAUGCUCUCACA